UGAAAAAAUGUAGACAACAAGACAAAACAAAUUUCAGCUCAAAUAGAGCAGCAUGAGGAUAGUUAACGGUGCUUUGUCCCUUCAGGUUCUCCCACUGAUCCUUUUCCUAGGGAACACAUAUGUGUCUCCUUCCUGGUCCUUCCUGACCAACCUGCUGAAUGAUGAGGCUGAUGAGUAUUACGAGUACUAUGAUGAAUACACGCAGGUGGAGGAGGAACCCUCUGAAGUGAUUAGGCUCUUGGGGGAACCUGACUGGAUAGGCCUAUCCCCUCACCACAGAAGAAUCCAGCAAGAAGAUCUGUGCACCCCCAACCCCUGCAAGAACAACGGCCGAUGUGAGAUGAGAGGAAGCAAUUUCACCUGCCUCUGCUCCAGGCCCUACACUGGGGAUACCUGUGAGAAAGUGGAGGACACCUGUGUGGACAACAGCUGUGUUGGAGGAGACUGCCUUGUUACAUUAACCAAACCUUACUAUCGGUGCAGCUGUAGCCAUCCCUACAAGUUACCAGACUGCCAGCAAGCUUCUUCACAAUGCAGGCCAAACCCAUGCAAAAAUGGAGGAAUCUGUAUACGGCACAGAAUGAGAACAAAAUUCACCUGCAAGUGCCCUGAACCUUACCGAGGGAGGUUCUGUGAGAUUGGACCGGAUGAUUGUUAUGAAGAGGACUCCUUUUAUUACAGAGGAAGAGUGAACCAAGCAGAGAAUGGCAGGACUUGCCUGCACUGGAAUUCCCAUUUGCUCUUAGACUUCCCUACUAAUGCAUUUAUGGAGGAUGCUGAGCUUUUUGGCAUUGGGGAACAUAACUUCUGCAGAAAUCCUGAUGAUGAUCAAAAGCCCUGGUGCUUCAUCAGAAAAAAUGGCAAAGUGAAAUGGGACUUCUGUGAUGUCUCACUGUGCUCUGAGACAGUGCACGUUGCUGUUUCUUCCAACACAGAUAAGGAGAACCAAGAGCAAGAAAAUGAAAUGUUCAAAACCUGUGGGCAACCAGAAAGUCAAAGGGGACUCAAGAGAAUCUAUGGUGGAACUAAAACUACAGCUGGCAAGCACCCCUGGAUGGUAUCUCUGCAGAGAAAGUCUUCUUCUAGAAAAGUAACACACAUCUGUGGUGGAGUGCUAAUUAAAUCAUGCUGGGUUCUUACUGCUGCACACUGUGUUGAAUGCCAAGCAGAAAAUCUCCAAGUGGCCCUGGGAAAGCAAAACCUCGAUAGGAAAGAAGAUCAAGAGCAAAUAUUUGAUGUGGAGAAGGUCAUCAUGCAUCACAGAUACAGAAUGGAGGAUGAUGUCCCAUACAAUGAUAUUGCAUUACUGAAGUUGAAGCCAACUGGUGGUCAAUGUGCCAUCGAAACAAAGUAUGUGAAAACAGCUUGUCUGCCAGAUUUUGAGUUUCCUGUUGGGACUGAUUGCUUCAUUUCAGGAUGGGGCGAGACAGAGACAGAUGACACGUCCCCUAAGCUGUUAGAUGCCAGUGUCAAGCUGAUUUCGCAGAAGCAAUGCAAUGCACCCAGAGCUUAUGAUCAGAGGCUGGAUGAAAGCAUGUUUUGUGCAGGAAAUCUUCGGAGAGGUAGAACUGAUUCUUGUCAGGGAGACUCUGGAGGUCCUCUAACUUGCGUAGAAAAUGGUUUCUAUUAUGUAUAUGGCAUUGUGAGCUGGGGUGAUCAGUGUGGUUUAAAAAACAAGCCAGGAGUUUAUACCCAGGUGACAUCAUUUCUCCGUUGGAUUAAACACAAAAUUCAAACUGAGUCAUCGGAUCAGUAGCUGACAGCUUUCAUUUGGUGAAGGAAUUUCCGAAGCAUCAGGAUUAACUGUGACCUGCUGAGAUCCUUCCAGCCCCACUUGGUCCUGUAAGAUCAAACACAACUACAUCAUAAAGAUAGCUGAAAGCAGAAAGCUAAGAUCUUAUUCCAUAAAUAUAUUUACUAAUUAAAAGUUACCUCGACUGGAAACAACUGGACAAAGUCUGAAUUACUGCUCUGUACUGAGACAAUCUCUGCCAUGGAAAAGUGUGGAUAGCUGACCCAUUCAUGUCAAAUAUCCAAGGACAGGAUGUGCUCGGUGCCUAAUUUCUAAUUUGAGCAUUAAAUAAUGAAUGCAUUAGCAAA